GGCGGCAACUCUAUCUCUCGGCGAUCGUAACGACUCGAGUAUAACGACUUAUGACGACAGAAUUCUCUCCCUCAAGACGCUUAAGACCAACAGCCUUCAAUCCUGAGCAAAAACAGCAAAAACGGAUCCCUCCCCAAUCCCCAACCCGGCCGGCACUUGCGUACCGACCUACCGACAUCCUCCUCCCGCCCCACUUGACUUGGGCCCUGCCUACCUGCCCCGUCUGUCCGUCGCUCCCUCCCCUUGUGCCGCCCAUUCACAUCCACAUCCCUAUACUCCAUACGGUCUUGACAGACACCCACUGAAACACCGAAACAGAGUUUAACCCACAGCGCCACAUCAUGGCGUGUAUUUCCCCAAAGUGCGUGUCCAGACCGCUCCGGACAGGCGGCGUCGGCGGUCCAUCGGCCCUACCGGAGGCAAACCAAGCGUCCACUCAUCGGAGCGGUGGCGGUGGCGGUGGCCAAAUUCAGGUGAUCUUCGGUCCCAUGUUCUCGGGCAAAUCAACGGAACUGAUCCGACGACUCAAGCGUUACCAAAUCGCUCGGUACGAAUGCUUGAUUGUCAAGUAUGCCAAGGACGUGCGGUACGAUUCGGAGAGUAUUGCCACUCACGAUCGACAGACCCUAAAAGCUGUCAGUGCUACGUGUUUAAGCGACCUGCGAAACCAGGCCCGGAAGUACGACGUGAUCGGGAUUGACGAAGGACAGUUUUUUCCAGAUGUGGUGGCCUUUUGUGAGGACAUGGCCAAUUGCGGGCUGACUGUGAUCGUGGCGGCCUUGGACGGCACAUUUCAGCGCAAAGGCUUCAGUAACAUUCUCGAGCUGGUCCCUUUGGCCGAGCACGUGGUCAAACUCACGGCCGUUUGCAUGAGUUGCUUUGGCGAAGGAUCCUACACGAAGCGCAUCUCGGCCGACACGGCCGUAGAAGUCAUUGGUGGGGCAGAAACCUACAUGGCCGUAUGUCGAAAGUGCUUCCAAUCGCCCGUCAAUGUACCAUCCAGUCCCCGGAUGCCAUUGGGCGAGAAUGCCUCGAGUCCAGUCAGCCCCACUGAGCGGGAGGUCAAGAAGUCGCUCUUCUGCAACCCAAUUGAUCAAGGGGAUAAGGAAAACAUGCAAAUCGCUUGACCCCUCGAAACAAUGUCCGUCAUCCAUAGCACCAAUUACCAGCAUGAGUUCAAUUGAGAACUCAAAUACUGACUGAACUGAACCCUCAAGCAAUAUACAGACGACCACAAUCAA